ACCAGCGCAGUCAUGAUGGCUUAACCCGGGUGUGGGCAGCGCUUCCGGCCUCGCCGCUCUAGUCAGUGUGACCGGUGUGUACCGUGCGCAGCGCUCUCCUAGGCUCGAAGCCCUUUUCUGUCGUGUGUCACUGCUACCGGCGCCAUGGCUGAACCCAAAGAAAGGAGCCUGGACGAUUUCUUCGCCAAGAGGGACAAAAAGAAGAAGAAAGAGAAGGGCGGCGUGGCCGCCAGUAGUGCGGCCCCCAGCAGGGGGGGAGCCAGGCCGCCGGACGGGUCACAGUCCACGUUAGUGUCCCUGAGCAGCGGGGGGCCCAAGAGCGUUAGAAAGGACAAGGCCCCCAGGACCGAGGCUCAGGAGAGGCAGUAUCAGGAGAAGAAGGAAGACGAUGAGUGGAAAGAAUUUGAGCAAAAAGAAGUAGAUUACAGUGGACUUAGACUUCACUCACUACAGAUAAGCAAUGAAAAAGAUGAUGAUGACAAUGAAAAGAAGGAAGAACAAGGGAUAGAUUGGGAAGAGACAGGUGGCUCUGGCUCAGAUAAGGCACAGGGGCCUUGGAAUAAGACUGCUUCUGCUCAGCCUACUGUCAAUUUUGUAACCGAAGUUGCAGAACCUGCACAGGUCAGUGGCGGCGUAUAUAGACCCCCUGCUGCUAGAGUGUCAACUACAACACGGAAACCCCAAGGCCCCCCUGAAAUUUAUAGUGAUUCCCAGUUCCCAUCACUGCAAUCCACCGCCAAGCAUAUAGAGUCCCGCAGGGAUAAAGAGAUGGAGAAGACUUUUGAAAUCGUGAAGCAUAAAAACCGUGGAAGAGAAGAGGCAGGAAAGAACCCGGCUGUCCGCCUUCAGUUAGACAACCAGUAUGCUGUUCUAGGUGAACAGUAAAGCCCCCAAAAAACAUUCUGCAUAAGAUCUUUGAUAACUUGCCCACUAAGGUAAACAAACUACAGCUCUUGGACCGAGAUCAUCUGAACUGUGUGAUCUUCAACGCAACACACUGGAUGAUGCAAAUGACUGAAUCUAACAAUGUUCAAAAAAUAUCGCAUUACUCUUGCAAUGCUACGCAUUCUUCCCUGCUUCCUUGUUAUGGGAACAAGUGUCUUGUGAGACACUACCUGAACAAGAAUUCCUGGUGUUCACAUACAACACAUCUAUGAAGAGAAUGGAAUGGCAGCAUUCAGUGGUUAUUAAAAUCGGUUAUGCUGGGCCUCCACAAGGUUGACUACCUCAGUUUUGUUAUGCUCAUAGCGGAUACCACAAGGAUUGCUGUCUUGCAUAAAGCAGAGAUUGUAUGUUUCAAAUGGCUGUGUUGGAACAAGAAAUGGAGAGGUUCCUUUUUUUUGUUUUGGCACAGCUAUUAAAACAAGACAUCAUCUUUUUACAUUUUGUCUGCUUUGUGUCAAUCAUUUAUAAGUGACCUUACAGGAAGUUGGUCAAGACCCUAUUAUUGUCUUUUUAUUAAGAUGGGUAAUUGACACAGGUCUAUAUAGAGUCUAGUGCAAAGCUGUAGUUUGUUACCUCUAUUAUAGUGGGUUUUAAAGCCUGGAAACAAGAACAAUUAAAAAAAAAAACACAAAAAAACAAAACAAAAAAAAAACAGCGAUAGCAAUGCCAUAAAUUGUGCUUCCCUGUUAUACCAUUCUCACAAAACAGGCAUUUAUAAGAACAGUAGUUGAAUAGUUUUGUAAAUGUAUCCAGCAGUGAGACUUGUGGCAUAACAGAGAAGCACUCUAAACUUGUUACUCCUUCAUUCUGCAAUAUUUGGAUCUUUUGCUAAGCUGAGAAUAGGCAGUCUGCAAUACCCAUUCCCCCAUGCUCCCCAAAAGCACUAUCAGAUGGUGAUGGUAUCCCCACUAGCUUGUGGGUCAAAGGAGGAUUUGCUGAGUGCUUGAUUCAUCAUGCACAUUGAAAGAUUUAUCUGAUAAAGUUGUUUUAUAUAGGGUGAAAGUGGUAAUCACAACUAUUAUACAAGUUUCCCUGUUUGAGGUUCACAACUAUAUGCAAAAGUUCCAGGUUUGACUGAAGCCAACACUUACAAUUUUUAUGUAUGGCUUUAUGAGUUGGUCAGCAACAGGUUGUUAAAUUGAUCUCCCCUUGGUUUUAGCUGUGAAUUCUUCUUUUUUUUUUUUUUUUUUGGGGUAAACCUGUAUUAAAAAUUUAGUGGCUUUAUCCCAUCACUUGACCGGGCCCUGUCAAGCUUCUAGUAGCAGGACUUUGUUCCUUUUGGUGUGGAUGACCUUUUAAAGUAAACACGCCCUUACAAAGUAUGUGCAGCCAUUAUGUAUUUGGCUCUGAAAGUUGGUUUCUGCCAAUGUGGAGAGGCUUGGGUAUUUUCUUAUGUUGAGUUAUUUUUUCAUAAUGGCUGAUUUACAUUAAGAACUGCUUUUAUGUCAUAAUUUUUUGCAAUGUAUAGCUAAACUACAGAUUACUUGCUUGGCACAAAACAUUCCCCCUAUCUGGUGGACUUCUCAUCAUAAACACUCCAUUGCUCCUUUAGGCUGGGUUCACGUAUGAACACGCAGCGGCUCACAGCAAGAGUACAGUGCGUCCUCGUUCACUUUCAGGUCUGACUUUUUGGCUGAAAUGGACCGAAAGACGCACAGGAGCCGCUGCAGAAAUAUGUGAACCGGCUCCAUAGAGAGCCAAUCGCAAUAUCCUGCUAUUGCCAAUUGGAUGCGGGCAAGCCGCAUCCAAUUCGUACUGUGAACCCAUCCCUUAAUCUACAAAAGUCACUUCAGGAACAGUCAUUUUGAUACCAUUUUUAACAUUCCAGUAAAAUGGAAGUUCUGGGGGGCAGGACUAGUAUUCCACUGCCUGGCUGAAAGUGCUACACCUGUAGUGACUAAGCACCAUGUUGAUUUGUUUGCCAAAUAAACUGAAGUUUAGCCUAA